AUGGUUGUCAUCAACAUAGCAUUCAGCGCCUCAAUUAAUGCAGCUGGCGUCUCACCUCGCAAAGUCCGCAAAGCACACGAAUUCGUCGCACCUAUCUUUAACUGCGAAGUUAUCAACGAAGAAGAGACCGAAACGGGAACAAAGGUCAUAUGCCAAAUUACCUUCGACAAGGAUGCACGCGGCGACGCCGAUGCGGUUGUGAAGGAAAUAGUCUAUGAAUUUGCUCCAACUCGUGUUGAUUUCCAUCAGCCAGACGGGAGCAAAAUCUUCAAUAUUGUUAGUGUUGAUGAGGAUGGCAACUUGCUCAUGACAUACGAUUUUGAAUGGCAACACCCUGAGCUUAAAGCUGAGAAAGAGACUGUUAAGGAACAAAGGCAGAAAUAUUCCAAUAUGGCCAAGACAGCCGUUUAUGGUUCCAUCGAUACCAUUCGGCAAUUGGUGAAGGACGGCGAGAUUUGA